AUGGGCCCCAACGCCCUCAUGGGCUUCCUCGGGGAUCCCCACGAGACGGGGCCGAACCCCACUGCGACGCCGUGCUCAUCGGUCUCGAGCCUCCGCAUCGCGAGCGUGUCGCGUCUCGGGGCCCUGUCGAAACCGAUCAUAGGGCGGCCCCCUUCGACGAUGCCCUCCCACGGCUUCGCAACAUACGGGUUCGAGAUCGCGAAGACCCUAAAGGAGAUCGUGCAUGGCCGCGAUGAGGGUGUCUUUCUCCGCGUCCUGCCCAAAUCCCAACUCAUUGGUCAACUCAUCCUCCAGGAGUCGGGCGCGCGUGAUUUGAUGGGGCUGCAGGAGGCGAACCUCCGCAUGCUCCUCACGCACAAACGCGUGGAGGAGCGGGCGAAGAAGGAGGAACAGCAGCUCAGCCGCCGCUCUAAGGAACGUCAGGAGGAGCUGAAGAAGCGGUAUGCGGAGGAACUCAACGAGCAGAAAAACUCCGUGAUGCUGUACAAUGCCGGACUGGAGAAGGGGCUCAGGGAACGACUCAAGGCCCUCGCGCAGCUGCAGCCCCGCCUGAACCUCGUCAACGUGGUCCUCGCGGCGAUGAAAGACGAGUCCAACGACCUCUCCCUCACCGCGGAGCUCCUGGAGGAGGCCAAGAAGCUGCAAAAGGCUCUCAAAACAGACAGCCGCUUUAACAAGACGGCCACACCUGAGCUUGACGGCGGGGCGCUUCCCUACUGGCUAAAGCACUGCAUCGUAAGCUCUUUUAAUGUGGCGGCGAUUGUAAAAGGCUCUCCCUACCGCGCCGUCGUUCUGGACGCCCCGAACCUCCGUUCAAAACUCCUCGCCGAUCGCAAAAUCAUCGCGAUCCGCGAGGUCGCACUUUCCGAGAAGAUUCUUUCGUGGGCGCACACGCGGAUCGCCCUGCCCGACGCAGGGGCGGCCGUAAAGGCCUUUUUGGAGUUCGCUGAGGGCGAUGCGGGGGCGCCGGCAGGGCUCUGUCAGGGCGUCGUGUGGACAAAAGAGGUCCACCCCAGCAUCGCGCGCGUGGCGAAAGCAGCGGGGAGCUCCAUCCCCAGCCAAAGUGUCCUGAGCCUCGGCGACGUCUCGUCGAUCGAGCUGACGACAAAAGAGGUAAAAUCGAUUGGAGAGGCCGCAUCGGUGUAG